ACUGUUAGUUCAUUGCUAAUUAGUUUUUAUGACAGACAUUAGACAAGUGCAUAUUAUUGAACUAAGUUUCAAUUGAGUCUCCCUCAAGAAUAUGAUGUGUUUAAAUUAUUACUAUUUUAUAUACCUUGCAGUAUUAUUUUGUAGUGCAUACUGUGAUGAUGAGGCCACUACAGAAGGUACACAGAAAUUACUGGAAACUUAUAGCAACUACAUAAAUGCUUCCCACGACCUGGACAAGAGUGACAGAAUGAUGAUGAAGGAAUGGACAUCAGAUUUCCUGCUGCAGAUUGUCAAUAUAACAUCACAUUAUAGACUGGACAUGGCGAGGCAUAAAGAGCAUAACUUUAUGGGUAUUAAAUCUAAUCCUAAAUGGAAGGAAUGUAUGGACUUGCACCAGAACGAAAUAAACAAAGCAGAAACAACUUACUAUGGCAAGGAAAGCAAAUGUGUAAAGACUGCAAACGAGGAGGGGGAUAGGAAAAAGCAUUCUGUUACUCAAAUGGAAAAAGAGAUCAGAAAAUGGCGGAAAAGCUACAGAUAUUUAUCAAAUCAAUGCAAUAUUAAUAACCCAGGUGACGAAGAAGCUGCUGGGGAGUGCUUAGUUGAAUAUAUGCAAAAAGACAACUACCACAUAACAUUUCAAAGGCUGAUACUUCUCAAGCUAGAGUCCAUGUCGGAUCUGUACAACCAAAUUCUGUCUUCACUCAGAACCUUAGAAGUGUGUCUGAAGACAGUUCUAUCGCGUUAUUUGGGUGAUGUAAGGUUAAUUAUGAACAAUUUACACCGUUGUUAUGAUAUUACAAACUAGCAACACGUGUGAAAACCCUAGAAUUUUUCAUACUAAAAUAUUAUAAAAUUAAAUUAAAAAUAGUACUUACCUACUGAGGUUUCGUUUGUGGUUAGUUACCACCCUACCGGCAAAGCCGCCAAUUUACCGCUAACCGAUAGGGGGUUAAUGAAACUGCCAUUGCCCUUCCAAGUUAGCCCACUUCCAUCUUAGACUACGUAAUCACUUACCAUCAGGUGAGACCGCAGUCAAGGGCUAACUUGUAUUAGAAUUUUAAAAAAUCCGGUCAAGUUCGAGACGGACUUGCUCACGAACGGCUCCAAUCAUACAAAAUAUCGCCAUCGAUAUUUGUUUUAAACUGAUUUUAGAGAUUAGACUACCUAGGUUUCUGUGGUGUGAUGAAAUAAAACAAAAAUGAUAAAAAGUAUAAAGAAUAAUUUCGUUGUAUAUUUAUAUUCGAUACAAAAUUGUCAAUUAAAGCGAAUAUUUACAAGGAAAGGUUAAAAUUAUAAAACUAAGUCAUUACGUAAAAAUUACUAAUUUGUACAAAAAUACUACUUAUACUAUGGCAAUACUUAAUGGUAAAUAUUAUAAUUAAAAUAACAAUAAUGACAGUACGUUUUAGCGUUUAAACUAUCGUGUGUGCAGAGUGACGACAGCCGGUUCCCAUUUGUCGUCUGUCGGGCCCGGAUUUUAAUCGGAUGUUCCAGCGGCGGAACAUUUUAUAUGAAGCUAUUCACACUUGUCUGAAACCGAUUUUGUUUCAAAAUGUUCUGUCACUGGAACAUCCGAUUAAAAUCCGGACCCGACAGCCGACAAGUGGGAACGGGCUGUGAUAUCCAAUAUAAGUUAUAUUGGCAAUAUGACAUAAUGUUGCACUUUUUAUUGGUAAAAACGCUAGAAAACGAUAAUAAAUAAAAAAUAUAGCUCAUUUCGCAAGAUAACUUUUUGGAAUACCUAUAUUAAAAUGGACGGAAUUAGUUUCAAAUAUUUGAAUUGGCUAAGUUACUUGAGAUUCUAGUUAAAAUAUUUUUUCUAAGGAAUAUUUACAUUAUACGCA